AUGGCAGACAAACAGAAACGCAUUAUGAAUGAUAUGUUAGAUAUGUUGAAGAAUAAGUUUGUCAAACACUACGAGGACUUUGACGAGUCGUCUCAACGAGACUUUUGCGAUGCACUCAUCAGUGCUAAGAAUGACGCCCUCAGAGACGGCAAAGAGUCCGCACCCUAUCUGACCGAUGAUAACCUCUCGAUGACUAUAUUUGAUCUGUUCUUCGCCGGAACCGAUACCUCUCAGCAGACAUUUCAAUGGCUUUUGUUAUUCCUCUGCUAUUAUCCAGAAAUGCAGCAGAAGUUGAGACAAGAGAUUGAGUCCCAAAUUGGAGACCGAAUGCCAACACAUGAGGACAGGAAUCGAUGCCAUUAUGUCAUGGCUUUCAUCGCAGAGACCAUGAGAUACAGAAAUGUUGUGCCAUUGAGUCCAUUGCAUAAAACUGUUGUUCAGACAAAAAUUGGUGACCAUACUGUGCCAAAGGGUACUGCAGUGACAUUAUAUCAUCACAAUAUACUAAACAAUCCAAAAUAUUGGGAAAAUCCUCAUCAGUUAAUACCGGAGCGAUUUCUGGAAAGCGACGGCCAAUACAUGACAUCCCGUAAUAAGGCAUUCAUCCCCUUCGGUGUGGGCCGUCGGGUCUGUUUGGGCGAGAAGUUAGCCAUCGCUGACCUGUUCCUGGUUUUGGUCUCAUUUCUUCAAUCAACACAACAAUACGAUAUAGUUUUGGCCAAACACUCGGGUAUAGACCCCGACCCUAAUAUUGCCGACAGUAUAAAUCCUAAACACUAUGAAAUCAAACUUGUUCAAAAAUUAUAACAAAAUUCUUAUUGAUUGUUUACAAGUUAUUUAUAUG